AUGACACCAGUACUCCCCGGCACCAAAACACAAGAACUACCCCGACCCCAGUACUACCCCGACACCAGUAAUCCCCCGACACCAGUACACCACGACACCAGUCCUCCCCCGACACCAGUACACCACGACACCAGUUCACCACGACACCAGUCCUCCCCCGACACCAGUACUCCCCGACACCAAAACAGAAGCACUCCUCCGACACCACUACUCGACGACACCAUCCUCCCCCGACACCAGUACACCACGACACCAAUACACCACGACACCAUUCCUCCCCCGCCACCAGUUAACCACGACACCAGUACACUACGACACCAGUACACCACGAAACCAGUACACCACGACACCAGUCCUCCCCCGACACCAGUACACCACGACACCAAAACACCACGACACCAGUUCUCCCCCGACACCAGUACACCACGACACCCGUACUACCCCAGAUACCAGUACUCCCCCGACACCAGUAUUCCACGACACCAAUACAACACGACACCAGUCCUCCCCGGACACCAGUACACCACGACACCCGUACUCCCCCAGAUACCAGUACUCCCCCGACACCAGUACUACCCCAGAUACCAGUACUCCCCCGACACCAGUACUCCUCGACACCAAUACACCACGACAACAGUCUUCCCCCGACACCAGUACACCACGACAACAGUACACCACAACACCAGUCCUCCCCCGACACCAGUACACCACGACACCCGUACUCCCCCGACACCAGUUCUCCUCGACACCAAUACACCACGACAACAGUCCUCCCACGACACCAGUACACCACGACAACAGUACACCACAACACCAGUACUCCCCGACACCAGUACUACCCCGACACCAGUACUCCACGACACCAGUACUCCCCGACACCAGUACUCCCCGACAGCAGUACACCGAGACAGCAGUACACCAAGACACCACGACACCACGACACCCGUACUCCCCCGACACCAGUACACCACAACACCAGUACUACUCCGACACCAGUACACCCCCGACACCAGUCCUCCCCCGACACCAGUACACCACGACACCAGUACUCCCCGACACCAGUACUAUCAAGACACCAGUACACCACGACACCAGUACUUCCCGACAAUAGUACAUCCCCGACACCAAAAACGACAACCAGGACUGGAGAGAGAUGACGACAGAGAGACGACAACGGCGACAGAGCAGGAGAUACAUAACAACAGACAGAAGGCAACAGCGAGAGAGAAGGAGAUACAUAACAACAGACAGAAGGCAACAGCGAGAGAGAAAGAGAUACAUAACAACAGAUGGAAGGCAACAACGAGAGAGAAAAAGAUACAUAACAACAGAUGGAAGGCAACAACGAGAGAGAAGGAGAUAUAUAACAACAGACAGAAGGCAACAGCGAGAGAGAAGGAGAUACAUAACAACACACAGAAGGCAACAACGAGAGAGAAGGAGAUACAUAACAACAGACAGAAGGCAACAGCGAGAGAGAAGGAGAUACAUAACAACAGACAGAAGGCAACAGCGAGAGAGAAAGAGAUACAUAACAACAGAUGGAAGGCAACAGCGAGAGAGCAGGAAAUACAUAACAACAUAUGGAAGGCAACAGCGAGAGAGAAGGAGAUACAUAACAACAGACAGAAGGCAACUGCGAUAGAGAAGGAGAUACAUAACAACAGACGAUGGAAGGCAACAGCGAGAGAGCAGGAAAUACAUAACAACAGAUGGAAGGCAACAGCGAGAGAGCAGGAAAUACAUAACAACAGAUGGAAGGCAACAGCGAGAGAGCAGGAAAUACAUAACAACAUAUGGAAGGCAACAGCGAGAGAGAAGGAGAUACAUAACAACAGAUGGAAGGCAACAGCGGGAGAGAAGGAGAUACAUAACAACAGACAGAAGGCAACAACGAUAGAGAAGAAGAUACAUAACAGACAGAAGGCAACAGCGAUAGAGAAGGAGAUACAUAACAACAGAUGGAAGGCAACAGCGGGAGAGAAGGAGAUACAUAACAACAGACAGAAGGCAACAGCGAGAAAGAAGGAGAUACAUAACAACAGACAGGAAGCAACAGCGAGAGAGAAGGAGAUACAUAACAGCAGACAGAAGGCAACAGCGAUAGAGAAGGAGAUACAUAACAACAGACAGGAAGCAACAGCGAGAGAGAAGGAGAUACAUAACAACAGACAGAAGGCAACAACGAUAGAGAAGAAGAUACAUAACAGACAGAAGGCAACAGCGAUAGAGAAGGAGAUACAUAACAACAGAUGCAAGUCAACAGCGAUAGAGAAGGAGAUACAUAACAACAGACGGAAGGCAACAGCGAGAGAGAAGGAGAAACAUAACAACAGACAGAAGGCAAUAACGAGAGAGAAGGAGAUACAUAACAACAGACAGAAGGCAACAGCUAUAGAGAAGGAGAUACAUAACAACAGAUGGAAGGCAACUGCGAUAGAGAAGGAGAUACAUAACAACAGACAGAAGGCAAUAACGAGAGAGAAGGAGAUACAUAACAACAGACAGAAGGAGAUACACAACAACAGAUGGAAGGCAACUGCGAUAGAGAAGGAGAUCCUUAAGAACAGAUGGAAGGCAACAGCGAUAGGGAAGGAGAUACAUCACAACAGACAGAAGGCACCAGCGAUAGGGAAGGAGAUACAUAACAACAGAUGGAAGUCAACAACGAGAGAGAAGGAGAAGCAUAACAACAGACAGAGGGCAACAGCGAUAGAGAAGGAGAUCCUUAAGAACAGAUGGAAGGCGACAACGAGAGAGAAGGAGAUACAUAACAACAGACAGAAGGCAACAGCGAUAGAGAAGGAGAUACUUAAGAACAGAUGGAAGGCAACAACGAGAGAGAAGGAGAUGCAUAACAACAGACAGAGGGCAACAGCGAUAGAGAAGGAGAUACAUAACAACAGACAGAAGGCAACAGCGAGAGAGAAAUAG